AUGGCUCUCCUGGAGAAAGGGAACCACACUGCAGUGACAGAGUUCAUUUUAUUGGGAUUGACAGAUGACCCAGUCCUUAAACUCAUCCUCUUCACCAUCAUCCUGUGCAUCUACCUGGUGACUGUGUCUGGGAACCUCAGCACCAUCCUUCUCAUCAAAGUCUCGUCCCAGCUCCAUCACCCCAUGUACUUUUUUCUGAGUCACUUGGCUUCUACUGACAUAGGCUACUCAUCUUCUGUCACACCCAAUAUGCUUGUCAACUUCCUGGUAAAUCAAAGUACCAUCUCAUAUCUUGGAUGCUUUAUACAGUUUAGCUCAGCUGCUUUUUUUGGGGCAAUUGAAUGUUUCCUUCUGGCUGCCAUGGCUUAUGAUCGCUUCGUAGCAAUUUGCAAUCCACUUCUUUAUUCAACCAAAAUGUCCACACAAGUCUGCACCCUGUUGGUUGUAGGAUCUUACAUAGGCGGUUUCCUUAAUUCUUCCUCCUUUGCCCUUUCCUUUCUUUCUUUUGUUUUCUGUGGACCAAACAGAAUCAAUCACUUUUACUGUGAUUUUGCUCCUUUAGUGGAACUCUCCUGUUCUGAUGUCAGUGUCUCUGCAGUUGUUACCUCUUUUUCUGCUGCAUCAGUAACCAUGAUCACAGUCCUUGUCAUAGCUGUCUCCUACACCUACAUCCUCAUCACCAUCCUGAAGAUGCGCUCCACUGAGGGCCGCCAGAAGGCCUUCUCCACCUGCACCUCCCACCUCACUGCUGUCACUCUGUUCUAUGGGACCAUCACCUUCAUCUAUGUGAUGCCCAAUUCCAACUACUCCACAGACCAGAACAAGGUGUUGUCUGUAUUCUACAUGGUGGUGAUCCCCAUGUUGAACCCCCUCAUUUACAGCCUCAGGAAUAAUGAAAUUAAGGGUGCUCUGAAGAGACAGCUUCAUAAGAAAAUAUUUUCUUAG